CAUUAGAGUGAAUAAAAACCACAAAAUAACCAAAAAAGAAAAUCGAUAUCUUAAGGGGAACUUCUGUUUGAAACACCCUUUACAUUUCCCAAGCAAAACUGAACAUUUGCAAAUAAACAACGCAAAAGUGCAGAUUCAGCAAUGUCAACGUUUGACCGCCGAAAAGGUUGACUUUCACCUUGCGCAUCGCUUGAGAAAAUUGGCAAACUCAGCAUUCUAUGCAACUCAGCGCUCUAUAAAACCAGUAAUUAUGCGCUCGCAGUAAUGUAUUCACCACCGAGCUGUGCGGGUGUAAAUUUCGCAAUGAAUAAAAUUAAUUUAUUAUUUAAAGCGUUUUUGUUGCUGGCCAUUUACUGUAGCGCCAGUUUAGCUGGACCCAACUUCAAAAAGGAGCGCGUAAAAUUACCAUCCUUUGUGAAGAUAUGUCGACGCAAUGAUCCAAACUUAGAUGUAUGCGCACGCAAGUCAUUGCUGGCUCUGAAAGAUUUUCUCAGUUAUGGCAUACCAGAGCUAUUCAUACCGCCCAUAACACCAUUGGUGGUGCCCGAAAUUAGAAUGGAUCAAGACUCAGGUGCAGUUUACCUGCACUCCAUCUUUAAGAAUAUCACCGUGAAUGGUUUGGACGAUUUCACGCUCAACGAGCUGCAUAUUGAUCCGGAAAAAAUGAGAUUUACUUUGGGAAUGGGUGUGCCUAAAAUAGCCAUGGAUGCGAAAUAUGUAUUGAAAGGCAAAAUUAUGAUGAUGCCACUGAUGGGCGAGGGAGAUUUCAAAGCGAAUUUCACCGAUGUUGAGCUGAACACACUGAUUACGGCGGAACGCUACAAAAAGCAUGGUCGCGUAUUUGCCAAAGUGAAGGAUGUCAAGGUGGAGUACACGCUUGGCAAAACGGAAUUGCAUUUUAGCAAUCUCUUCAAUGGUGAUGAAGCGCUGGGUGAGCGUAUGAAUAUGUUUUUGAACGAGAACUGGGAUUCACUCUCGGAUGAGCUGCGUCCACUGAUGGAGCGUUCGAUUGCUGAGUUGGUACGCGCUUCGACGGUGAAGAUUUUCGAUACAUACAGUUUUGACGAUUUGUUGCCCGAAUGAAGUGUUGGAAGUUUGUUAUUCCUUCAAUCCCUUAAAAAAAUAUUAAAAUUUAGCCCUUUUUUAUAUAAAAACGUAAUUUUACUUGUACUAAUCUGCCUUCCGGAAAAUUCGUUCCAACAAAUAGCGAGCUGAUGGUAUCGGCACUUGGCAGUGUUUCCAACUGGGCAAAACAAAAUGGGCUAGGGGUAUAGCGUUCUAACACCGAACUUGUCUUGCUCACGAGGAAAACAAGAGUUCCAGAAUUUCCCUUACCAAAACUAGCCUGAGCUUUUCGUGUGUGGAAUAAAUACCUAGGUGGUACCUUUGACUCCAAUCGGAACUCGCAAGGCUCGGUAUAUUCGGCGCCGUGAGAAACGCACUGCAAAUCGGGCUGAACAUGAUAUUUUACUUGAAACCACAAGUAUUCGUAACAACAAGUGCAGCCUUUUGUCAUCCCGGGAUUUUUAUUUUAAAAUUCCCAUAAACUUUGCAACUAGGGAAAAUUAGGAAGGCGGCCUACUAUCCAAGGACCUUUAGAUAAGGCAAGAAUAUCGCCUGCCUGAUAAGUACAGUGCCUUUCGGGCGAAGAUCUUUGACAUAGAGAAGUCGGAUUGUCUCACACGGGAUAUUAAGUCUCCAUCAGGGUGCGUCACUAUGUAUAUUCUUGUACAGUUAGACAACAUUACGCUCCAAGGAAGUAAACUCGAAAUGUCAUUGCUGGCUUCACUGAGUCAUGUCAAAACCUCUCUCUGCUGGGUUCCUGGAUAUAGCAAUAUCGUACGGAAUGAAAUAGCUGAUGAGAUGGCUAGACACGGCUCGGAAACCCAAAUUACUGACAUAUCAGUUAGAAGGAUGUGCCUUCUUCUGGCACUCAUAGAGGGCAUUCAAAAUGGGCAAAUGUGUCUCCGAGUGGAAGUAUGAGUCAUUCAUACACGCCUUCCUAACCUAAUCUAACCUAGUACUAAUCUGGAAAAUUAAAAAUAACUGUGAGUAGGUAUUCAGUAGUAAGGUUACUUGGCCAUUCGUAAUUAGCCAAUCCACUGAAUGCUGAUCUGGGUUGUUGUGUUGUGUAGUUUGGUUCUGAUCCGCGUGAGCUCGACUGAUGCGAAGUUUCUUAGAACCCUUACUACUUUCAUCAUAAUUUUCGCGGACAACUAGGCUACAAUGUUCUACCUAUGAUUGCCAAAUUCGAGAAGAUGCUGCUAGACUAAAUAUGGAGUUGUUAUCACAGUUCGGGUUUUAUGAUGAUUGAGAUAGAUUAGAUUAAAGACUAUGACACUAUUAAGUCAGAGCGCGGCUACAUGGUCCGUGAGCUGUAGGCCGACGCUCAUUGGGGAUAUCGGCGUUGAGUUGGAAUAAGUAGCUGUUUAGGCGGCUACAAUAUCCAGACAAUAAUUGGGCCCGCUUAAAGCAGGUUUCUUGUGGCUGUCGAAGAUCUGCGACUACAACGGGUAGAUACUGGGCUCGGCUCACGGCAUUUAUAGAUCGAAAGACGUGGUAUAUGGUGACCGACUCACUAUGAAUGCCGUUGAUCACUCAUCGGUACGCCUUUGAGUCCAAAGGUUAUUCGAUGUAUGUCUGGAUCAUGCCCAUAUAUUCGAAAAGAUGUCUUAUGAAGUGCUUGGGGGAAGCUUUUCCUACACACGAUUCCCCCGCUGUUGUUUCGGCAACUCAACCCCCUUUAUAUCGGCAAACCCCAUCAAUGGUUUUUUGUCUUUAAAGAAAUACCUUACAGCUGGAUUGCUCGACAUCUUUCUCCUCCGGGUGAGCAUUGAGUCCAACUCCGGGCCAGAAAACUACUUUUGCAGCGUUUGGUAGAUACGACGUCAUCCGAAGCCCACCUCAACUAGGUGCAAGAGGCCUGCUGAACCUCACAAGGUUUGCUUGCAGAUCUAUACAUGUCUAAACAGACUAAUAGACGGUGACCGAAUAGAUAGGUCAGCCAACUGCUGUGUACAUCCACUGGAUAGAGUAUAAGGGAUUUUAGGCCCCUUACUUCUUUAACAGCCACUUUGCAGAUAUAUAGUGCAGUUUUAGUUUUCCUUGAAUGAUCCACAAUAAGAAUCCUAUGCAAGAGUAACUUUCUGCCAAGAGCUUAGCUGAAAUAUUUCAUCCUGAUUGGGUACAUCAGAACUAACAUUAAACUCUUUUUUCAAGACCAGAUAAAUCUUCACAAACAGAGAGCGCUUUGUAGAAGUGCAGCAUAAGCUACAACUUGGCAGUUGGUAUUCUGUGGUCUUCGAACAAAUAAGUUUCUUGGAUUUUAUCUCGAAAGGCUCG